AUGUGCACCGAUACCGAGGCGUAUAGAGAGUGGAUAGACAUUUUCGACACUGAUGUUUCUGUUAUAUGGAAUACUGAAAGGAAAGAACUGCAAAGAGCUGCUAUGCUGCUUGGAGCCCUGCAAAAGGAAUUCAAACGGGUUCAUGAAAAAGUCGAUUUGGAAUAUUCAACUUUGAGACAACAAUUGAAAAAUAUUGAUCAGUUAAAACAGAAAGCAAAGUCUCCCUGUCUGAAGAAAUCACCAAACUCUGUAAACAAAGAGAAUGAAGCUGUACUGGAUACAAGAAGUUCAUCAAGUUUGAAAAAUAGUUUUCACAUUGAAAGCCCAGAUCUGUUUAGAAACAUUGACAUAAACAAAGAUUUAGAAUCAGAAACAACUACCAACUCAUCCAUAAUUGAUCUCUCUUUAUCUGAUGAUGACAAAACAAAUAUAGAAAAAAGUCCUACUUUAAUUUCCAAGUGCAGAAAGCAGAAAUCAAAAUUUCCAAGAAUGCCCAAAGCAAAACACCAAUUGAUUCAAUUCAACACUCCUGAGUGUGUACCUAAAAAUAUUUUUAAAACUAGAAAAUCAGAUUUAGAGACUUCAAUUAUUGACUGUACUCCUGACUUAAAGAUCAAGAAGUCAGAUAGUAGGGUUGGUGAUUUUUUGAGUAAGAAAAAAUGCCAGAGAACUAAGAACAUAUCCACCCUCACACAAAUGUUUGCCAACACUCCAAAACCUAAAUCAAUCAAGAAUCAAAAGACUGAUGAUGCCAUUGAUUCAGAUGAAACUUGUAUUGAUGGUAACAAAAGUAAAUCAAAAAUGAGCAUCACAGAUCUCCUGAAAUUCGUUAAUGAAGAUGAGAAUGAGACUGAAGAGAAUGUACCUGAUGAUCUUGAUGAAUCUGGAUUAGAAGAGAUGGACUCUAUGCAGGAAUCAGACCAAUUCUCUAAUGGUGCUUUUUUAGAUGAAGAUAUAUGUCUUGAAGCAUCAUCACCAAAGAAACCAAAAUUGGUUGAACCUGAGCCUAUAGUGAGAGGUCAUGCUCGAAAAUUAUUGAAUGGAUUUGCUUGCAAAGAAUGUCAUGAUUUUUAUGCUCAUAUGAAAUUGCCUCCAGAGGAGUUACAGAAAAAAAUGGAUGAGUGUUCAAAACACAGAUAUACCUAUAGACCUCCUGAUGAAACAAUACCAGGAUUUUGGGACAUGACAAUUCCAUCGCAAAAAUGA